AUGUGUUUUAUUUCUAAUUUUGUUUUGAAUGUUUUUAUAAUAUUCUGGUUUUCUAUUUGUUAUGUUUUGCUGUGUUUUUAUAUUAUUCUGGUUUUUCUGAUGUUUUUAUUUUAUUCUGGUUUUUGUGUUUAUUCUGAUUUUGUAUUUAUUUGUGUUGUGUUUGUUUUUGUAUGUUUAUGUGUUUUAUUUUUAAUUCUGAUUUAA